AUGGGGGGAAAAAGGGGGGAAAUGCCGUACACUGUUCCGCCCAAGGCGAUUGCCGAUUACCAACGAGAUGGGGUCAUUCUUCUCCGACAGAUCCUCUCGCCGCAGCAGGUGAAGGAGCUGCAGAGCGGCAUUGACUAUAACAUGGCACACCCAAGCCCGCUCGCCAGGAUCGCUUCCAGUGAUUCCGACACGGGGCGGUUCUUCGAGGACUUCUGCAACUGGCGCCGCAUUCCCGAAUAUGCCCACAUUGCGCAAAACCCGGACUUGAGCCACAUUGCCGCUGUGUUGAUGGGCAGCGUGGUGUCCCGCCUUUACUAUGAUCAUACGCUGGUGAAGGAGCCCAAGACGCAACAACAAACGCCGUGGCACCAGGACCAGCCUUACUACAACAUUGACGGAAAGCAAACCGUCAGCUUUUGGAUUCCGGUGGAUGAAGUUCAAGCCGACAGUGCCAUGGAGUUUGUGAGUGGCACUCACAAUGGUCCUUGGUUCAUGCCACGCACCUUCAAGGAGAACAAGGCGAAGUGGUUUCCCGAAGGGAGUCUGGCGGAGUUGCCUGACAUUGAGAAGCUCCGCGGAGAGCAGCGCAUCCUUUCGUGGGAGGUGCGACCAGGCGAUGCCGUGUGCUUCAACAUGCUGACGCUGCAUUCUGCAAAGGGCUCCAGAGGGAUGCGGCGGGCCUUCUCUGUGCGAUACGUUGGUGACGAUGUUGUAUACGCCCCUCGUCGGUGGGUUACGUCACCGCCGUUUUAUGGGUUGGAGAAGGAGUUGUCAGCGGGUGCCCCACUUGAUCACCCGAUGUUCCCUGUGGUCUUCAGGCGCUCCCACGUUUAA